CUCAGUUUCUCUCUCCUCAUUUUCUCUCACACACACACACACUAACUUACAGUUAUAGGGAGUCUUUUUGUUUUCAGGGGACAACUCCGUCUUCUCCGUUUUGCUUGGCCCCGCAGGUCUAGGGCUCCGGAUUUCGUCUCGAUAUUUGUGUAGGAGUCGGAUAAAUGGCGUCUUCAGGUGUCUUGUUAGAAAUGCAGUUAGUUGAUGCUGGGAAGAAACUUCUUUCGACUCCGAUUUCGGUGGAUGAACUGCACAAAAUGCUUGACCAUGCUGAAACUGUCCUAAUAAAAGUGGAACAAUCACCACCCACUUCGAUUAUAGAGGCCAUUAAUCCAGCAAUUGAGGCGUUGACUAAAGAAGAACUUCUAAACCAUCCAGAUACCGAUAUUAAAGUUCUUGUUGCUUCUUGCCUCAGUGAGAUAAUCAGAAUCACUGCACCAGAAGCACCAUUCGAUGACGAGAAGACCAAGGUUAUCUUCCAGUUGAUUGUAUCCUGUUUUGAAGAUUUAUCUGAUUGUACUAGCCAUUCAUACUCUAGAAGAGCUAGAGUAUUGGAAACCCUGUAUAAGGUCAGAUUUUGUGUGGUGAUGUUGGAUCUAGAAAUGGAGUCGCUGAUUACUGAAAUGUUUGUGCAUUUUCUGAAAGCCAUAAGGGACUAUCACCCUGAUGAUACAUUUUAUUCGAUGGUCCAAGUUAUGACUCUCCUGCUGGAAGAGAGUGAAAGUAUUCCCCUCGUGAUGUUGUCUCCAAUGUUAGAGACUUUGAGGAACGACAAUCAGGAUGUGUUGCCAGCUGCUCGUAGAAUGUCAAAAAGUGUAUUUGAAAAUUGUGCUGCAAAGCUGAAACCAUUUCUCUUAGAAGCUGCGGAAUUUAAUACUCUUUCUUUAAAUGAGUAUAAUGAUGUGGUUGCUAAUAUAUGUGGGGUAACUUGUGCCAACAAUAAUGACGGUCCUGUUUCUAAAGAACUACCGGCUAAUGACAAAAACAUGGCACCUGCUGAAUCUACUCAGGCGCUUAAAGAAAUUGUAGACCACGAAAUUGAAGGUGGAUCUACAGGUCCAAUCAAGAGUAAUGUUGCUGUGGAAGAUUGUACUGAAGUUCCUUCAGAAGCACGGGAAACUUCCAAGAAGCUGUGGGAUUAUCAGAGUAUUGGUCAAGGGAUGGAUGCAAUGGAAGAAAAUAAUGGAGAAUCUGGUGAUGUGGACUGCACAGAAGAUGAUCAACAUUCUGAUCGAUUGGCGGAUUCUAAUGAGGCUAAAUCUAGUGAUUUGGGGAAAACAAACGGAAAAAAGAUAAAGCUAAAAUCAGGAAAAACAGAUGGAAAUAAAUCCAAGAAACUGGAGGGCGACCAAAAUGCUGGUCAAUCUGUGGGUAUGAAUGAGGUGAGCGAGGGUCCAUCUGGUAAUUUGGAUAGCUCAAUGGUGCUAAAGUCAAAGAUAGUUCUGAAGCUGGUCAACAUGCAGAAAGAUAAUGCUUCUGGAAGUUCCAAUAUGUCCGAGGAUGAUCAACAUGCUGAUGAACCAAAAGAUAUUACUGAGGCAAGCAAGCCUGAGUCUGGUGAAUCCAACAGAGGAAAAGUGGCUAUUGAAUUAAAGUCACAAUCAACUGCUCAAAGAAGUUCCAAUAAACCAGAGGGUACUAAUGGAGCAACUAAUGCUGAAAUCUGUGAUUUGAAGAGCAUUGGGGUUGCAAAAGAAAAGAAGAAAUCAAAAAAAGGUGCCAAGAGAAGUAGAAAGCGGAAGUCUACUGGAUCCUCUGCAAUUGAUGAGGGGACAGCGAAUGAUUCAGAUGUAAGACCUAAAAGACAACAGAAAAAGAAGGUAUUUUUUGGUGAAGUGAUAGAAAGUGAUUCAACAGUGUUGAAUGGAAACACUGAAAUAUCUGUUGAUGCUUCUAAGAACAGAACUGAAGGGAUAAAUGAUAUAUCAACAGAGUCAAACAGGAACACCAAAUUAUUUGUUGAUGUUUCUAAUAACAUCGAUGAGGGAACAAGAAAUGAUUCACUUUCAAGACCUAAAAGGCAGUUAAAAAAGAAGGUAUUUUUUGGUGAUGUGAGUAAGGAGGAUAUGUCACCAUCUUUGUUAAGUUCGAAAAAGAGAAGUGCAAAAGUAGAAAAGCAGACAGUGACCAAUGCGAUGGAUGAAAAUGGAAACAAGCAUCUACCAAUGAAAAGAAAAGGUGGAAGGAAACCUGACCAACUAGAAGAUAGUUCUGAUGAGGAUACCAUUAAGACAUCUUCUGAAAAUGACAAAGAGAAACAAGAAGUUCCAUCUGAACUGUUAAAAUUGCAUGACAAUGAGGAUCAUAUUGUUGAAACUUCCAAGAGGAAGAGGACUUCAGGAAAAGGGAAGGAAGUGAUCCAGUCACCAAAUAUUUCUUUAAUUUUGCUUGACGAUGAAAAUGCUGAGGAAGAGGAGUGUGUGGAGGAAAAUCCUGCAAUGAAGUCAAAGGCCAAUACUUUGCGAAAAGUGAAAGAAGUUGUUUUGUCACAAAAGCCUUCUUUAAAGUUGCUAGACCAUGAGGAUCGUUUGGUGAAGACUGCUAAGGAAGAAGUCUCUUCUUCAAAACCUUCCUCACUAAACGAGAAUAAUUUAGAGGAGAGUCCCAAGGGGACAAACAAGAAGAAACAGAGUUUAGAAAGAGUUGAAGGUGCAAAGCUCAGAGAUGAGGAUCAUCUGGAGGAAACUCCAAAGAAGAAAAGUGUCUUGAGGAAAAGGAAGGAAAUUUUGGCUUCAUCGUCACGGUCUAAAGGUACGGGCAAUAUGAAGGUAGAGACCAAGAAAACUUACAAGAGGAGGAAGCGUCAAGGAAAAGAGAAGGUUGUUGAGUCAUGUCAAGAUGGUCAUAACGAGAAUCUGGUUGGUGUAAGGGUUAAAAUUUGGUGGCCACAAGAUGCUGAAUAUUAUGAAGGUGUUAUUGAUUCUUUUGACUCGGUUACAAAGAACCAUACGGUGUUAUAUAAUGAUGGAGACAUGGAGACUUUGACUCUUGGGGAUGAGAAAUGGGAGAUUGUCAAAGAUGAUGAUUCAGAAGAAGAACGUGCUGUAAAGAAGAAGGAGGGUGCAGCAAAUGAAAGCCUAGUAAUCUUAUCUCAACUAAUAAGGAAAAAGAAGAACUCAACAACUUCUAAACGCAAGAGAAGAAAUGGAGACAAUCUCAAAGCUUUACGGAAGGAGGAGGCUUCUUUGUAGAUGAAGUAUUUGUCGCCUUUGAUUCUCAUCGAUCUGUCUGUCGAAGCAUAAUGUUCAUUUUGAUUUAGGAAGAAGAGGAAUGUAUGUUAUUUCUAGGACCAAUUUAAACUUGGGUAUGUUUUGACUUUUUAGAUGUUGUUUCAUUUUAAAACUUUUUAGAAUUUUAAUGUUUUUUUUAAUGAUAAAAUGAUAUUUUCUAUA